AUGGAAGAGACUCAAAACACUCCUUCAAAUAUUGCUGUUUCCUUGGACUUGCGCCCAGCAUUCUACCCUGACUCCCUCAGAGAAACUGCCCAAAACGCCAAAGUCGUCCUCAACUUCCAGCGCAAAGUCAGACACACCAAGGACCAGCUCCGCGGCGCUUACUGCACUUUUUCUCUUCCACAAGGUACAAACUCUCCUUGGAAUGAGUGGGAACCUCCCAGCAUCAAGUUGAUAAGACGCAAGUCAGACGAGAUUUGGGAGCUCAAAUGGGGGGAGCUCCGAGAUUGGAUAUGCGAGUUGGUUCUUUGCGAUACGAUGACGGGGAAACCGAUUGAUGCGAGCCAAGAAGGGCGGGUUGAGGGGUUUAUGCAUUACCACCUAUACGAAAAGGAUUGGUGGUGGCGUAUCAACCGCGACGACGUUCGAAAGAACAUAACCGCCCAUCCCAAUCAUUCGAUCAAGGAUAAGGACAAGAAGCCAUCAACUGCAUCCGCUGACAGCGAACAGGCUCUUCGAAGAAAAAUCAGGGCACGCUAUCUCCGUGGUAGAAAGCCUUACUACGAGGACAUCUUAGAGAAUCUGAACGUCCGGGCCGCUGACGAAAGCUCAAGUCAGUCCUCAUCCUCGUCGUCGGAAUCUUCCUACGUUUCAGUGGUAUCCGAUGAGCCCGACUACAUUGGCAUGUUGGAUUCGGGGAUGCUGCCUGAACUUUUUGCUUCAGAUGGCGAUGAUGAAGAUUGUGAUGGGACAGCCCUUCCUGUUGAACAGACCCGGACUCAAGAGGAUAAACCAUACGCCGUUGCCCUUGAUACCACAGCUUCCUCCGAGUCUGAUAUUGAGCACGGAAGUCGCCUGGUUUUCUACGCCGAGUGGCGGUCGGACCAUUUGACGGCGCUGAACAGUCAUUAUCGGAGCCACUGA